UCGACCAUAUUGCAAUAAAUGGAAAAAUCUCGUUUUACCGAAGUGGAAACAUUGGACAAGUCAUCAUGGCUGAGAAAAGUGAAGACGGACUAUGAGAAAUCUUCGAUUGAUUUACGCCGUUUUUGGCGUAGUAUUGGCCUUCUUUCUUCCUAAGACCUACAGCCGAGAUAAACGUGGACAAGAAGAAGACAAAAGCGCUGUUAAAAUUAAUCACUAUACACAUUACGACGAGUUAACAACUUUAUUAAAACAGCUGACAAGAGAAUACCCGAGCAUAUCAAAGCUACUUUCCAUCGGGAAAUCCGUUCAAGGAAGAGAACUUUGGGCGGUUCAAAUCACGGACAAAAUAGAUGAAACAGAGCCGGGUGAACCCAAGUUCAAAUAUGUCGGUAAUAUGCAUGGCAACGAAGCCGUUGGGAGGCAAAUAUUAAUAUAUUUAAUCGAAUAUCUGUUGAGAAAUUAUGGAAGAGACUCUCGUAUAUCAAAUCUUGUUAAUUCAACAAAUAUAUUUAUAAUGCCUAGUAUGAAUCCUGAUGGCUUUGAAAUGUCUACGGAGGGUGAUUGUCAUGGUGUUCAGGGAAGGUCAAAUGCCAAUGGUAAAGAUUUGAAUCGUAACUUUCCCGAUCAAUUCUACAAUUGGGAAACUUACAACAUAGAACGAGAUGCAGAGCCUGAGACAAAAGCAAUAAUUAACUGGAUUAGGAGCAAUCGAUUUGUCCUUUCUGCAAAUUUGCAUGGUGGUGCAUUGGUUGCAAGUUAUCCCUUUGAUAGCAAUAAGCAACAUAUUGAUCAGGGUGUUGCUAGUUUAACACCAGAUGAUCCUGUUUUUUUACACCUUGCUAAGGUUUAUGCAACAAAUCAUCUCACUAUGAGCAAAGGUGAUCCCUCUUGUGAAGAACAUUUUCCCGGAGGUGUCACAAAUGGGGCUGAAUGGUACAAUGUUCCUGGUGGAAUGGAAGAUGUGAACUACUUACUGGGAAACUGUUUUGAAAUAACAAUUGAAUUGUCUUGCUGUAAGUAUCCAACAGCCAACGAGCUUUUAGAUGAGUGGAUAAAAAAUAAAGAAUCUUUGUUAUCAUAUAUGGAGCAAACAAACAUUGGUCUUCAUGGUUUUGUCCAGAAUGAAAAUAAAAAACCCAUUGAAGAUGCUGUGAUAUAUGUUAAAGGCAUAAAGCAUAAUGUAACUACUGCAAAAUAUGGUGACUACUGGAGAUUACUAGUCCCAGGUCAUUAUCAGAUUUAUGCUUGUGCCAAUGGCCAUAGGUGCUCUACCAAGAAUGUCGUAAUUCCAAAAAAUAAUCACGUGAGACUUGAUUUUAGGCUAAAGAUUGAUGAACAUGCUUAUCCAGUGGUAGAUGAACUUCUUAGAGUACGACGUGACUUUAGUGACUUGUCUCACAGCUUACAAAACUCUCCAAUUGUUGAUACUGUUAUAACUAAUCAUAAUUUUAUUCCAUUCACUUUCCACGAUCUAAAAAAUGUCCUCCAAUAUUGGGCAAAGCCAGAAACAUUUAUACACCACAACUAUGAAGAAAUGACAAAAUUUUUGCAAAAUUAUGCAAAACGUUUUCCAGAAAUAACAAACUUGUACACUGUUGGAAAGUCUGUUGAAGAUCGAGAGCUCUGGGUUUUCGAGAUCUCUGAUAAUCCUGGUGUUCACGAGCCUGGUGAACCUGAGUUUAAGUAUGUAGGAAAUAUGCAUGGUAAUGAAGUUGUUGGUCGUGAGAUGCUGCUUUUGCUCAUUCAAGUGCUGUGUAAAAAUUAUAAAACAAUUCCUGAAAUUAAGGCCAUUGUUUCCUACACAAGGAUACAUAUUAUGCCUUCAAUGAACCCAGAUGGUUAUGAGCAGGCUAUGGUUGGCGACCAAGCAGUUGGUCGUGUGAAUGCAAGAGGUGUUGAUUUGAAUCGUGAUUUUCCUGACAGGUUUGAUUCAGAUGAAGUAGUGCAAUCUACUGUUCGACAACCAGAAACUUUGGCUAUUAUGAAAUGGAUUACUUCAAAUCCUUUUGUCUUGUCUGCUAAUUUGCAUGGUGGUGCUCUUGUUGCCAAUUAUCCUUACGACGACACAAAAGACGGACAAGUCCAUUACAGCAAAAGCCCAGACGACAAGCUAUUUAAACAGUUGGCAUUGACUUACUCGACAGCCCAUCCCUUUAUGAAUCAUGCCAAACCGUGUACUGGUUUUCCUAGUGAAACUUUCCCAAAUGGUAUAACUAAUGGUGCCCAAUGGUAUGUUGUUAAAGGUGGUAUGCAAGACUUCAAUUAUCUACACAGCAACUGCUAUGAAAUCACCAUCGAAAUGGGUUGCACUAAGUUUCCCAAGGCAAGAAAGUUGCUUUCACUUUGGAACGCUCAUAAAAAACCUUUGAUCCUCUUUAUGACUCAAGUUCACAAAGGUGUGCGUGGAUAUGUUAAAACUGCUGAUGGCGAUCCACUUAAGCGUGCUGUAGUUGCAGUAUCUGGUAUCAAGCACAAUGUUUCAACCGCUAACUAUGGGGAUUAUUGGCGACUUCUUCUGCCUGGACGCUAUUACCUUACUGCAAAGGCUGAAGGUUUUGAAUCAAAAAGAAAAGAGGUUACUGUACAUGAUGGACUGGCCACUACGGUAAACUUUACCCUCAAACCUUUAAAUGUUGGGGGCAAUUCAACAGAAAUGAACAAUGAACAAAUUGAUGAAUCAGAUUUUUUAUCUUUGAUCAACGGGACCUCACAAACGGCGAAAGCUACUCUGUCUCCUAGUCAACAAGACGAAAAAGGAUCAACAGCUUGGUUUCAUCACAAUUAUCAAGAGAUGGUAUCAAUGUUUCAACAACUCACUCAAACAUAUUCUGAUAUUACCUCACAAUCUACCAUUGGAGAAAGUGCUGAUGGUCGUAAGAUAUAUUCCUUUGAAGUUUCUGAAGAUCCCAGCAUAGCAAAGGAAGGUAAACCAUUGCUUGCCUUUAUUGGUAAUGUGCGAGCUGACGACACUGUCAGUCGUGAACUACUACUUAUGUUUAUUGAAAGAUUAUGCUCUGGAUAUCAAAAAAACGAGCGUAGAAUUGUUGAAAUUUUACAAACAACUCGAGUUAUUUUUGUACCCGCUGUUGACGUGGACGGAUACGAAAACAUGACGAAUAAACAGUGUGAUAGUGGCGAUUUAGGAGACAAAGAUCUAUCCAAAUGGUUCCAUCAUUCUGGUUUAGUUCGAGAGAAACGAGACUUGCCGGAUGACAUAUCAAAGUUUCUGAGAACUGCUCUGGAUGCUCCGUCUGAGGUAAAGCAACUCAAAAAAUGGCUGAGUCAUCAAAAUCUCGCUUUGCUCGUGAAUGUUGAGGGCGGGCAAUUAGUGACCAGAUACCCACUUGAUGCAAGUGUUAAUCACGUUACUCGUGCUAACAAUUUUACGACAGCCGACGACGACAUCCUUCGUGAACUGGCGCUUACCUACUCUGAAAAGUAUCCCGACAUGCAUAGCGGGAGAGGUUGUAAAAGCUCAGGAAUUGUCUUCCCUGGUGGCGUCACAAAUGGUGCUUCCAUUUCGCAGAAAAAUCCAUAUAGCUUACAGGAUUACUCGUACUUGGAUCUGCACAUUCUUACAAUAUCCCCACAUGUACAUUGUUGUCACAACAUACCCAGCGAAGAACUACGGGUAAUGUAUGUGAAAAACGAACCAUCAUUGAUGGCAAUAUUGGACAAGGUUAGACAAGCAGUGAAGGGAGAUAUUACUAACGAAUUAAAGACGCCAAUACGUAAUGCUUACGUCACCAUUCUUGGUCGCAAUAUCAUGAUUAAUGUUACCAAAGACUACGGUAGUUUCUACCGAAUCUUGUCUCGGGGGGUGUAUAAACUUACAGCGCAUGCGCCAGGAUAUUUGAAUGUUAUUAAAGAAGUUACAGUUGGACCAGAAAUCAAGAAGAAUAUUUUGUUUCGUCUUAAUAAAGUUGCGAAGAUCAACAAGUAUACUGAAACAAAAGAUAUUGAUGAAUACUUUACUUGGUUAUCUUUACAUUGCUCUGAUGUGAUGAGACAAUAUACAAUUGGCAAGACAGUUGAAGGUCGUUCUAUUCAAGUGGUUGAACUGUCAGAUAAUCCAGGUAUUCACGAAGCGGGCGAACCUGAAUUCAAGUACAUUGCAGGUGUACAUGGUAAUGAGCGGGUUGGUACGGAAAUGUUACUUUUAUUGUUAAAACAUCUCUGUGUAAAUUAUGGUAAUGAUGAUCUUGUCACGAAACUCGUGGAUUCCACGCGGAUACAUAUUUUACCGAUGCUCAAUGUCGAUGGCAGUUUGAACGCCAGAGAGGGAGAUUGCACGUCAAAGAUUGGACGUAACAAUGCCAACGAUGUUGACUUGGAUGAUUUUUAUCCAAAUAAAGUUGGUACAAACAUAUCCAACCUAGAACCUGAAACAGUCGCUAUUGUUAAUUGGAUGAACAGUCAUCCGUUCGUUCUUUCCGCUACUUUAAACGGAGGAACCAUUUUAGCAACUUAUCCUUUUGACUCCAUUCAUCUUAUGAACAAUCACAAGAUGGCCGAUGAUGCUAUCUUCCGACAUCUUGCAUCCGGGUAUGCAAAACUUCAUCAAACAAUGCAUUAUGGGCAACCUUCGUGUCCAGGUUUAUCCGUGAAUGAUAAAUACCCUGGUGGAAUAUCACCUGGUUUUAAAUGGGAAAAUAAAGUUAGUUCAAUGAAGGACUACAAUUACUUGAGAAAGAAUUGCUUCGAAGUUUCUUUGUAUUUGGGAUGUUGUCGAUUUCCGUUUCCGAACACUUUACAAAAUUUUUGGAAAGUCAACCGGGAAUCUCUCAUUCGCUACAUUUAUGAGGUUCAUCGUGGUGUUAGAGGCUUUGUUUUUGAUGAAAAUCGUAAACCAAUUGUUGGUGCAGAAAUAGCUGUGACCGGUUUCCAUCAAAUUGUGUACACUGCUAAACAUGGCGACUACUGGCGAAUCCUUAUUGCAGGCUCAUAUAAAAUAACGGCAUCGGCGCAUCACUACAAAAGUGUUACAAAAGAGGUGCUGGUUGGUGAUGAUGUUAAAGGAGUUGUGGUUAACUUUCAGCUUUCCAAGCUAAAUAAAACAGAAAAUCUUUUAUUUUCUUUGGCAUCAAAAAAAUGCAUGUCAUUGCAAUUUUCGUGUUGGUGGGAAUUAUUUUUGCACUCGUGGUUUUUGCAUCCCUGCGGAUAUUUCGGCGUUGCGGAAGGCGAAAAGAUUUUAUGAAGCUUCAUGGGCGAAAUGCUUACAAAGAUGAGUAUGAUCGAGAUGUGGCAAUGAAGUCUUUCAACUCCAAGGCUUUGUUGAGAAGUGACUAUAGUGAUGACAGCGAUGACGAUGAAUAUGAAGAGUAUGUUUUCCAGGGGCGUUCGCACAAGAAAACGUGAAAGAAAUUAAUUAUAAAAUUAUUUUAAUGAAUUACAUGUAUACUUUGAUCUUAAUAAAAUAAUGAAUUAACAA